AUGUCAUACUUUUUACAAUCUAUUGAUUAGUUUGGAGUUUAGCAAAAAUUAUAAAUUCCCCCUAUUAAACCAACAUAAAAAAGUGCUUUUGGCGGAUUAGUAACUCUAAUUUUAUAUGGAGUCAGCUUAGGAUAUUUUCUCUAUUAAUUUUAUGAAUGGUAAUAAAAUAAUAAGCUUCCUAAAAUUACUUUUCUUUAAGAACAAAUUUAAGAUGGCUAAAAAUUAUAGAUUGAAGGAGUAUUUACAGAAAUAAGUUAUUUGAAAACUCUCAACAAUCCUAUAGAUCCUUUCAAUCCUCAAAGUCUGAUAUUUUAACCAAUUUUGGAAAUCGUUCCCUAAAAUAGAUCAAACGUAUAUCUAAAUUCUAAAAUAGAUCUAAAGCAUUCCUCUUAUUUUAGAUUAGGAAAAAUUAGAAAAUGGAAAAAUAAUAACUAAAUUUUUGAUUAAAAAUAUUGAGCUAUCCAAUUCUCCUGCUAAUUUACCAAUACGUAAAAUAAUUAAUUAUUAACUUUCUUUGGGUUACUGUAAUCCUAAUUCACUUUAAGAGGGAUAACAAUGUGCUAAUCAAGAUACGGUUGAUUAAUUUUAUAAACAAACAAAUUUCUUUUAAGUGACAAUUUUUAUAUAACAAUUCGAUCCAAGAACAAAAAAACUUAAAUAUAUACCUAAAUUCUUUAUUUUUGAUAUGAUCAAAGACUAACUUUAUACCAACUAAUUUAUACUAAAAGUAGGGGAACUAAGCAUGGAUGAUGGAUUUUUAUUUCCGAAUUCCAAUAAAUAUACAUAUCUCUCUGAUUUAUAGGUUAUUAGCGCCCAAUAUGAUCAAGUAUAUUCUAAAAAUAUAUAUGGAAAAGAAUUAAUAUCUAUUCUUUUUUUUAAUUUAGAUUAAAUAAAAUUAGUAAAUAUGGUUGAAUAUCCAAAAAUAUCAGAAAUAUUAGCAGAUACUGGUUCAAUUAUCUCUUGGAUUCUUUCAAUAUCAUUUAUUGUUUCAAAAUAUAAUGAAAACUUGAGUAUAGAAAAGACUUAAAGAGAAAUAAUAACAAUGUAUUAUAAUGAUUUUAUUGAUUUUUAAAUUUAAAAGAAUUGGUUAGGUAAAGUCUAAAGGGUAAACUGUAAAGGAAAAGAAUAUGAUCUUUAAAAAUCUGAAGAAAUUCUUAAUCGAUUGGAUCGAAUUGCAAUUGAAAAAAUGAAUUAUUUGAAUUUAUAAAAUGAAGUAGCUAAGUAAUUAUUAUUUAAUUCUAUUCUAGAUUAUAAUUAAUCUUAUAAGAACAUUUAGGAUUAUAACAAAUUAAAAAAUAUUUAGAAUCGAAAUUUACAUUAGAAUCUCUAUUUGAUAAAUUAGGAAUACCUGAAAAAAUCUCCUAAUAAGAAAUCAAUUAAAUUGUAAUUAUCUUUUCAUUUUUUAAGCAUGCCUAACAAGAAUUGCAAUAGGAAGUAGUUUAAUAAUUAAAUAUAGAAGGAGAAAUCGAUUCUAAAUUUAAUAAAGAUAUUGUAGAGCAAGAAGUAGAAUUAAGGAUGGGGCUUUUAGAUAUGAAAACCUCUGAAAAUCUCUAAUUUAGAGAGCAGAAUAGCAAUUUAUAAAUCUAAGAAUCCCUCUAACAAAUUAAUAAUUAUUUAACAGUCAUCAAUGUUGAUAAGACUGAUGGGAUUAAGUGA